AUGUUCCAGGAGAUAGAUCAGGAGCACGGCCAAAGACCAGACAUCCUGAUCUCGAAUGCUGGAUUUGGUAAACGGAUAACGAACGUGUGGGACAUUGAGCUCGAAGAUUUUGAUUACAUGCUUAAUGUAAACCUGCGCGCAUCAUUCAUUCUGGUGAAGGGUGUGGUAGAGCACAUGAAAGCUCAGCAAUGGGGACGGAUUGUGUUCAUGUCCUCCAUCGCUGCGUCGGGAGGUGGAAUAAAUGGAUGUCACUAUGCGGCUUCCAAGGGUGGACUGAGCGGUAUGAUGAAGAACCUGUCCAGUCGUUUGGCCCAGUAUAACAUCAGCGUCAAUGACGUCGCUCCAGCUAUGAUCGGCGACACAGGCAUGGUGCCAAAUGCUGCCGCAAUCGCAGACACGGUGGCAACUAUCCCUCUAGGCAGGCUGGGAACACCGGAGGAGACGGCGAACGUAGUAACUAUGCUGCUGACUACCGGGUAUAUGACCGGUCAGAGCUUACUGCUAGCCGGUGGCCUGAAAUAG